AUGGCUGCUGCACACGCGACGGACUCGUACCCCGACUUGGAGAAGGAGGUCAAGGUCGAACCCGCCGGUUCUGGUGGCGCCGGAGACGUCUAUGGCGCCGACGCCGUCUCGCAGAACGGCGUCAAGCGGAACUUGAAGGCCCGGCACUUGCAGAUGAUCGCGCUCGGCGGGACGAUCGGAACGGGCUUGUUUGUCGGAGCGGGAGGAGCGUUGAGUACGGGCGGAGCGGCGGGAAUCUUCCUCGGCUACACCAUCAUGGGCUUCAUCGUCUACUCGAUGAUGAUCGCCCUCGGCGAAAUGACCACCUUGUACCCAGUCAACGGCGCGUUCGUGCACUACGCCAGUCGGUUCGUUGAUCCGUCGCUCGGGUUUGCGUUGGGAUGGAACUACUGGUACUCCUGGGCUAUCACCCUCCCAACCGAGAUCGUCGCCGCCGCCCUCGUCCUCGACUACUGGCCGGGCGCCGCACGCGUCAACGUCGCAGUGUGGAUAACCAUCUUCUUCAUCGUCAUCACCGCUUUCAACUUUAUGGGCGUGGGGGCGUAUGGAGAGGCAGAGUUCUGGUUCGCCCUGCUCAAGAUCAUCACCCUCCUCGGCUUGAUCCUCGUCGCAUUGAUCAUCACAGCCGGCGGAGUCCCAACCAGCGACCCCUCCGAAUACCCCAUCGGAUUCCGCUAUUGGAACGAAGUGCCGUUCCAGCAGCAGAACGGGAUCCCAGGCUCGCUCGGACGGUUCUUGUCUUUCUGGACCGUCUUCCUCCAAGCCGCCUUCUCCUUCCUCGGGACAGAAAUCGUCGCACUCACAGCUGGAGAAGCCGAGAACCCGCGCCGGAACGUCCCGAAGGCUAUCAAGCGCGUUUUCGCUCGUAUCCUGUUCUUCUACGUGGUCGGCGUGUUGAUGAUCAGCUUGAUCGUCUCGCCUAACGACCCAGGAUUGCUCAACAACUCGGGCACGGCUGCUUCGCCUUGGGUUAUCGGCAUCGAGAAGGCAGGCAUCAAAGUCCUCCCACACAUCGUCAACGCCGUGAUCCUCACCGCCGCCUUCUCCGCCGGCAACUCCGACCUCUACGCCGCCUCUCGCACUUUGUACGGCCUCGCAUGCGACGGCCAGGCCCCGCGCAUCUUUGCCAAGUGCACGAAGAACGGACUGCCGAUUUGGAGUUUGAUCGCGACGGCUAGCGUUGGGUUUUUGGCGUACAUGAACUGCGGAGUGACGGGUACUAAGGCGUUCAACUACCUCUACUCGAUCGGCGCCGUAACAGGCCUGAUCUCGUGGCUCGUGAUCCUGAUCAGUUACCUGCGCUUCUACUACGGGUGCAAGAAGCAAGGAUUCGACCGUAACGAGUUUCCCUACAAGGCGCCGAUGCAGCCUUAUGCGUCGUUCUUUGGCGCUUUCAUGCUGUUCAUCAUCAUCAUCUUCUCGGACUACCAGGUGUUCCUUGCCGGAAGUUGGGACACUGGAUCGUUCUUGACGGCGUACAUCACGAUCCCGUGGUUCUUCCUGAUGCUCGUCGCAUGGAAGUUCUGGAAGAAGACGACGUUCGUCCGCCUCGACGCGAUGGACCUCGACAGCGGCCGUCGCGCAAUCGACUUGAUGGAGGAAGAGCAGCGCGCGCUGUACAAGGCCCCGGAGACGUGGUACGAGAAACUGUGGGCUUGGUUGAUGUAG